CGUUAUUCUCACGCUAAGGUUGAAGUCUUGAAGCGAUAUAUAUAUAUACCGAAUUAGCGAUAUAUAUAUUGGUGACCGUUAAUGGCCAUCCACAAUAAAUCUUGCGUUCUCUGUACUUAAUAACCAAACACACUUUUCAAGUUUCCCCCUUUUUUCCAUUACCCAUGGAACCACCACCGCCAAUUCCCUCCGCCGUCACCUCCACCGCCGAUCCAAACUCCGGUGACUCCAAUCCACCCACUAAACCAAAAAACCCAACAACAAUUAUCAACAAAAAGAACAAAAAGAAGAUACUAAAACCCCCAAAAAACGACAUCGUUUCUGAUCACCCACAACAACAAUCUUCAUCAUCAUCUUCUUGUUCUGUAUCUAAAGGUUUUCGCAUUUCAAGAAAAAACCCUAAAAGGGUUUUCACUCAAAGAUCUAAUGGCGGUGAAGCAGACGCGCUUGCUCUUCCACUUGGGAUGUCAAUUGCUGCUUUCGUUGCUAAGGUGCUCGAAAAGAAAGACCUAACUGGAGAAAAAAUGUCUGUAAAUCAUCUUUCUGAGAUAUGCACUUUGGCGGUUAAAGAGUCUUUGUCCAAUGUUUUCGGUGACAAGUUUGACUGCUUUAUUAGUAACUUUGAGAGAUCGUUCCAGAGCACAUUGAUGACACUUAGAGUAAUCAGUGAAUCAUCUGGAAACAGAGAAAGGCCAUAUCCGCACGGGGAAGAGAGUUCAAGUAAUUUUCAUUUUGAUAUAAAAGAGAAUGCAUCCACAAGUCGAGAACAGACAACCAUUGGCGAUUUUAAUGAACAUUAUGUGCAUAGAGAUCCUCCUAUUUACAAUCAGCUUGUUCUUCAUGACUCAAAAAAUGUUCAACAAUUGACUAUGCAUUCUGGACUAAACCGGUCCAUGAGCACCAUUGAAAGCUUACAGGCUCGUUCGAAUGAACUCAAGGAGUUGGAGUUAAGUCUUACUAUGAAGAAGAUGAAACUUAAGGAAGCACAGAUCGCGGUCGAUUGCGAUUCUAAUAUUCUAGAGAGGUUUAAGUUAUCGAUGGGCAUCUCAAAAGCCAACUUUAAAUCCAAAAAGUUCAAAACAGAAUUACAAGACUCCAGGCAUGCUGAACUGCUUAAAAGUUGUGUCGACUAUCUUGUUUCUGGGAUGCUUAUAAUGGUGACAUGUCUUCUUUAUGGAACUUAUACUUAUUCCCAUCAAAGACUCGUUAAAGCUACCGAAUCAUGUAAACCUGUCGAGGAAUCAGGUUCGUGGUGGAUCCCAAAACCAAUGACAUCUUUUAGUACAGGGUUUCAAACCUUAAGGUGUCAAGUUCAGGUGGUGAGCCGAAUGCUAUUUGGCAUAUUAAUGAUCAUUGCAGUCACAUAUCUAUUCAUUUUGCGACGAGGUUCUACAACUCAUACGAUGCCAGUCACAUUCAUACUUUUGCUACUGGGUUGCGGCUGCGGUUUUGCUGGAAAGUUUUGCAUCGACACUUUGGGAGGCAGUGGGUACCUUUGGCUCUUUUACUGGUGGCUUAUUUGCUCGGUCCAUUUUGUGGCGAACAUGUGGACUUCAAUGUUAUUUAUUAUUCUUCAUGGGCCUCUUACCGUGACUAACCAGUCCACGAAUCCUAAGUUAUUCUCGUACAGGACAAGGCAGUUUAUGUUCUGUAUCACCAUGACAGGGUUCCUGCCGUUGCUCUGUGGGUUGAUGCCAUUUGCUGGCCUGGGUGACUGGCUCGAACAUUUUACUUUACUGAUGCUGGUUCGUGAUUCAGAAUGAAUGUUUGUAAUAUUAUUAUAAGAAAGUGUAUGUAGUUUGUUUUUAUGCAUGGACAUGUCAUUUUCUUGCUCUAUAAGAGUUUGUUUGGUAAAACUCAUAUCUAUCUAUGUACAUAUUUAUGUAUACCGACACCAACAGUAGCAUGAUAUUUGUAGUGCUGAACAGAAAUUAUACCUCACCACAUUUUUUUGUAAUAUUUUUGAAUAAAAGAUUUGUAAUAUUGUAUGCAUUGUAUGAUA